UGUUGAGGAGAGCUGAAGUACACAUGCGCAGCAGGGCGGUUGCCAUAGCGCCGCUCCGACCUGCUGAGUGAGUUAAUUCUUCAACUUCUGAUUCACGUCCUUCGGUGACACAAAUCAAAGAACGUCGGAGGAUUUCAGCCGUGUUCACGGGUGCUUUUUAGUUAACGUGGUUUUUUUCAUCAGGUCUCAGAGAAUUGUACUUGUUGAAGCACCUGCUCGGCUGAUAUACUAAUCGUGGGAUUUCAAGCGGUGGAAAUGUCCGUCCGUAUUUGAACAGGAGCAUAAUUGUUUUAAUAUCAUGGUCGUUGUCUUUUAACAGCAACAAUGAACUGCUUCAAUCAAAGGCUGAGACGCACAUCUCCCAUGCAUGGCAGCAGCAGGAAUGAGCUGGUCCCCUCCAAGCCUCCCAGGAUAAACGGAUGGGCAUGGCCCCCUCAGACAUUACAAGUGGUUGGCUGGAUGGUGUACAGCUACCUCGCCAUAGUAAGCUUUGGCAUCUAUAUCCCUCUUCUGCCUCUGCCGUGGAACCAUGUGCUCUAUGCUGUGACGGGAAUAGCAUUUAUUGUCCACUUUGUUACCCAUAUUGCUACUGCAACUAUAGACCCAGCAGAUGUCAGUGUGAGGGCCAAACAGAGCUACUCCAGUCCAAUGCCCCUUUUUGACAGGACUAAGCAACAGCAUGUCAUCCAGGACCUGCACUGUUAUCUAUGUGAAAUCAAGGUUGGCCCCAAAGUAAAACACUGUGGUGUUUGCAACAAGUGUGUGGAAGGCUUUGAUCACCAUUGCAAAUGGCUGAACACCUGUGUGGGUGGCAGAAACUAUUGGUGCUUCUUUGUGGCACUGUCCUCUGGUACACUAGGUGUCUUCCUGCUCGCCGUUGUCAUCUUGUUCAUAUUUAUUCAGCAUUACCUGGAUCCAAACAGCCUACGGACCAACCCACAGUUUGACAGUAUCCUGGGGAAUGGUACCUGGCUGGCGUUUUUACCCUUAGCACCCGUAAAGACUAGUUCAGCUGCUCUCCUUACAUUAGCCUUCAUAACAGCCAUGCUGAGCAUCACCUGUCUGCUGCUGCUCGGUCAUCUGCUAGGCUUCCACUUUUACCUCUUUUAUAAAGGCAUAAGCACAUUUGAUUAUGUAAAGAUGCGGCGCCAAAAAGAAGCCAAAAACCGAGACAAUGAAGCAGGAAAUCCACAUGAAGCAAAAAUCAAUAACAAGGCCCCACAGAAUCAAGAGAGUUCAAUUGACUGUGAGCCAGCAUUAUCACAGCGUUCAGGUAGCUGCAAAUUUGAUGAUAAAGGCCCACUCCCAAGCCAUCUUUCAGAGUCCCUAUGCACCGAGUUGGAGAACUUUGGAAAAUCCUCAGAAAAGGAGACUGGUUUUCAUUAUAGCGCAGAAAAUCCAACACAGAACACAGCAAGCAAAAUGUCUGUGAGUGACAUCAAGAGCUGGAAGCCUGACACUGAAGAGGCUCAGAGUGCCGGUGUGAAGUCUGUUCACCGUGUUCCUGGAAUGCAGGAUCCUCUGGGCAGCUCCGUUAUGACUCCAGAUGAUACUUAGCAGUAACUAAUGUCUGCAUGGCGGCUUAUCAGGAUAUACUGCUCUCAGGAACCACUACUUAUGAAGAUAUGCUUCAUGAAACUGAGCCAUACAACCAUGGACCAUUGUUGAUAAAGACAGGAUGACUUAGACGUGACAACACAGUUUGAUACACAUCAUCAAACUGUUUGUUUUUUUCUUUCUAGUGGAUAUAUUGUAUGCAGUCUGAAUAACUGUGGAUCUGUCAUUGUAUUUUGUAUUUAACGGUUGUAAUAUUUAAAGCAUUGUUCUUAUCUUACUGACUUUUACAACAAGUCAAAGUAGACAUCCAGGUUAGCCUCUGUUCCACUAGCCUGAGUUGGAUAGAUAGAUGGAUGGAUUU